GUGACGCAAACAGCGAGUGGUAAAUUCAAAAAAAAUCUCUUUGGCGUUUGUGGUUUGGACGGAUAAUGUUUGGAUAGUCGAUUUCAGAUUAUUUCUGAAAAGUUUCCGCGUGUAUUUUGUCUAAAAAAAAACUUUGCCGUAAGGAUUUAAGUUUCGGAUACGAACGCUUUGCAGGUAAAACGUGAGAGCAUGCCUGUAGAUGACGCCUCCGAGCUCCUCAGGUACUAUGAGGUUUAUGAAACCAUUGGCUCAGGUGGUUUCGCGAAGGUCAAACUUGGCAGACACAUCCUGACCGGCGAGAAAGUGGCCAUCAAAAUCAUGGAAAAGAAAGUCCUUGGGGACGACCUGCCUCGCGUGAAGACUGAGAUCGAAGCGAUGAAGAACCUCAGUCAUCAGCACGUGUGUCGCCUUUACCACGUCAUUGAGACGCCCAGCAAGAUAUACAUGGUUCUCGAGUAUUGUCCCGGAGGAGAGCUGUUCGAUUACAUCGUCGCGAAAGACCGUCUGACGGAGGAGGAGACCCGUGUGUUCUUCCGUCAGAUCGUAUCGGCACUGGCCUACGUCCACAGUCAGGGAUACGCCCACCGUGACCUCAAGCCUGAAAACCUGCUGAUUGAUGAGGACCACAAUUUGAAGCUGAUCGACUUUGGGCUCUGCGCCAAACCAAAGGGCGGUCUCGGUUACGAACUCAUGACGUGCUGUGGAAGCCCCGCCUACGCAGCUCCAGAACUCAUCCAGGGCAAAUCGUAUAUCGGUUCAGAGGCGGAUGUUUGGAGUAUGGGCGUGCUGCUGUUCGCCCUGCUGUGUGGCUACCUCCCGUUUGACGAUGACAACUGUAUGGUGCUGUACAGAAAAAUCACAAGUGGCCUUUAUAAAAACCCUCACUGGCUGUCUCCUGGAAGUAUACUGCUUCUUAACCAGAUGAUACAGGUGGAGCCAAAGAGGCGUUUAACAGUCAGGCAGCUUCUGGCUCACCCCUGGGUGAUGAAGGGAUACAGCAGCCCUGUGGAGUGGCACAGCACGCGUCCGCUGGGACAUAUCGAUGAGGAUUGCAUCACAGAGAUGGCUGUGACGUUCAAGUGGUCCAAACAGAGCACCAUCCAACUGGUAUCAGAGUGGAAAUAUGACCAGACCACUGCUACGUAUCUGUUACUUCUGGCUAAGAAGCAGAGCGGGAGACCCGUGCGUCUCCGAGCGGACGUGACCGCACGCGACCCCACGCGCUCCCCCGGACAGGUAAUACAGAAGACCCUGCGUUUCAGUGACGACGAGGACGACGCUGAAGAUGAAGGCACGCAGAGAGCCGUGCUGGGGUCCAUGGUUUUCCCGAGCGAAUGCUACGACGACGACGACGCCUGGAUCCCGUUAACGCCAAGGAACACGCGGCACGCACAGACUCCACGCAAAAAGCCCACCUGUCAAUCAUCUGAGAAGAGGCGGGGUGAAACAGGCCAGUCCCCUAUCGUAGACCGAGCGAAGGCACGUCCACGGGAUGGUGAGAAGCGUGAACGGGCCAGAGAGAAUAAAGAGAACUUGGCAGUGACCGAUGCCGACGGUGGCGUUUUCGCUCUGCCCGCCCCCGUCACUCCAGCGUCCAAUCGGAAAAGCCGGACCGACAGAAAGGCUCAGAUGACGCCCGUUAAUAACAACGUCAUACACAAGCCAGUGGAAACCCCGAAAGAAGUGGUGGGCCGGAGGGCCGGGGAACAGCAGCAAGGAGGAAAGGAGAUCCUCGUCUUAAGCCCGGAGAGAAGGUGCCGCUCGUUGGACAUGGCGGGGGGACAGGUGGACAGCGGGCAGAAGCGCAAGGCAGGGAAGGUGUUCGGCAGUUUGGAGCGAGGCCUGGACAAAGUCAUCACCAUGCUCACUCCGAGCAAGAGGAAGGGCACGAGGGACGGACCGCGCCGGAUAAAGGCGCAGUACAACGUGACGCUGACGAGCCAGGUUAACGCAGACCAGGUCCUGAAUCAGAUCCUGAGAGUUUUACCAGAGAAGAGCGUGGACUACGUGCAGAAAGGUUACACACUGAAGUGUCGCACACAGUCGGACUUCGGUAAGGUGACGAUGCAGUUCGAGUUGGAGGUGUGUCUCCUGCAGAAACCCGAGGUGGUGGGAAUCCGGCGGCAGAGGCUGAAAGGAGACGCCUGGGUCUACAAACACCUGGUGGAAGACAUCCUGUCCUCCUCCAGCGUCUGAGCGAGCGUGACGUCACUUCCUGUCUCCGGUGAACGUCGUUACCGCACGUCACUCUGCACCGACUUCCGGUGUUCGACACAGCCCGAGACUCACCUGGCGUCUUAUUUUCCCAUCCUUUAUUUGUGCCUUUCUUUAUUUGUGUAGAAUAUUGUUUUGUAAAAUCUUCAUCUGAUAAGAAGGUUCAUGAAAACUGAUCAAUUACACACUUUUUUUUUUUUUUUUUUUUUAAAUCCUGAUUCGGCUUUCCCGCAUCACGCGAGGCCGUUUUUAAUAACCGGCGCACUCGAGUUUACGUUUUAAGUCUGAAAGCAUUAUUCUGCUCGUCUUAAUGGUCCGUCUCGUGUUGGGACGUCUGGUCCUGUUUGUUUGUAUCAUGUUUCUAUGUCUCUGUCGAGUCCAGUUUUAUAAUAUUAAAAUAAGCGGUGUUGGUGUGUAGCAGAAUAAAGCAGUUUACAAACA